AUGAAUCGUUUUUUAUUACCUCGUUUAACUCCAUCAAUAAUUCGUUUAUGUUUUCGUUCAACAUCAACAAAUUUUGGUUUAACAAAUCGUGAUCGAAAACGUUUUUAUAAACAAGUAUCAAUUAUUGAAUCAUCACCAAUACCAACAAAAUAUGAAAUAUUACUUGAUCAACAUAAAUUAAAAACACCAUUAGGAAAUAUAAUAACAAUUGAAAAUGAAUUUCUUGCAUUAGCACUUGCACAUGAAUGGAAUCAACAAAUAAAAAAAAUUGAUUUAGCAUCAAUGCAUUUAAAUUCAUUAAUAAAUACAUUAAUUGAUAAUCCAUUAAAAUUAACAAAAAAUCAACAUAUUGAAAAAUUAAUGUAUUUUCUUGAUUGGGAUACAAUACUUUAUCGUUCAGAUCAACCAGAAGAAUUUCGACAAUUACAAAUUAAAUCAUGGGAUCCAAUUAUAUUAUUUAUUAAUGAACAAUUUCAUACAAAUUUUCAAGCAACAUGUAAUCUUAAUACGAAAGAUCUUAUUAAUAAAAAUGAUCGAAAUAUUAUUGAAAAAUAUUUAUUAAAUUUUGAUGAAUCAUCAUUAAAUAUAUUUUUAUUUAUUGUUGAACAAUUAAAAUCUAUAUUAUUAACUAUUUGUUUAAUAAAACAAUAUCGUUCAAUAGAAAAUAUUGCUACAUUAUCACGACUUGAAACAGAAUUUCAAAUAUCACGUUGGAGUAAUGUUGAACAUUAUCAUGAUUAUGACAUAAUGGAUACAUGUUCAAAAAUAUCAGCUGCUUAUUUAAUUUUUUAUUGUUUAAAUAAUAAUAUAACAAGAACAAUUGUGACAAAUGAAACAAAUUAA